GUUGCGAUGGCGGGAUGGCGCGGUUGCGUAGCUAGGUGAGUGGUAGCUGAGCUUGCGGGUAAGCACCGGAUUGCCCGUGCAGCUUGUUAUGCACCGUUCGGGUUUGGGCGAGCGACGGCUGAUCACAGGGGCAAAGUGACAUUGUUUAUGGCAUGAGAAGGAGAGACCGCACCGGAGACCUCGGACGAUGGGGUACUACGCUACGCGAGCACAGCACGUAGCUGCGUCUCGCGAGCGCCACUUGUGUACUCAUUCGACGCGAAGCCGGGCGUCGAGGAGAGGUCAACGCUGUGUGGUGUGACCGGCGGAGGCGGAUGAGCAGCGACUUAAGUUCGGGCGGGAUUAGCAUCCGACGGCGCCUACGUGCGGCCACGCGAAGGUGGAUAGACGCCUGUGAGAUCUUUGUGGCGCUCGGCUAACUGGGCGGGGGCACGGCGCGUGCGUGCUUGUGCGUCCGCGAGAGAUCAGUCAGUGUGCGAGAGUGCAUGUCAUCGUUCGCUGACAAGAAUUAAUGCUGUCGUCUGGGUUUCGCUCUGUGUCGCCCCGCGCACCCGCGCGCGGCAUAGAUACACAGCACGUAGACGUCCCGUUCCCGGGAAGCGCGGCCGCCGCCGAUUCGGUUAUCGCUGUGCCUCUGCUGAACGCCGGACGAGGAGCGGUUCCCGGGCGUGCGGACGGCCAAGGGCGAAAGGGGAAAGAGGACCGGGAGUGAGUAUCAGACAAUGAUGGCCUCCUCUUCUCCAUCAAAAUGAAAUGCGCUCCGUGGGACGCGCGAUACACCUUAUCCUCCGCCCCUUCCUCUCUUCCUUCCUCUUUCCGUCCUCUCUCUCCGUCGCUCCGUCCCUCGCCGCGCUCUCUGUCCCCUGGCAGCCCUCUCUUCUUCCCUGCCAUACCUUUGCCGCCUGUAGAGCGCGACCGGUCACGACUACCACCGGCAUUUUGCUCCACGGACAGCAGCAACUCGACCACAACCACGAUGCGCCAACGCCGCAGCCCCGCAGAGGAGGAGGAGGCGCUCCGCAUCAGCAAUGCCAUUGACGAGGAGCUCAGACGCGAACGCGAGGCGAUGAGAAGGCGGAAGGCCAAGGACGUCAAAGUGAUGCUGCUCGGGCAAGCCGAGUCCGGAAAGUCGACGCUGCAGAAGCAGUUCCAGCUGUACUACUCGUCCUCGACCCUCGACCGCGAGCGCGCCUCGUGGCGGCCGAUCGUGUACUUCAACAUCCUCAAGGCGAUCCGGAUGAUCCUCGAGGAGCUCGACUGGGAGUACGGGCUCGGCGCGUCCGGCUCCGGGGACCCGCUGUCGGUGUCGCCGGGGCUGCUGCCCUCGACGUCGGGGACGGGCACGGGGAGCGGGGGGAGCGGGAGCGGGUCGUCGACGCACUCGCGGGCGGCGAACCCGGCGUGGUUCCCGGAGCUGGGGCUGCUGCGGAACAAGCUGCUGCCGCUGGUGGCGUCGGAGGACGCGCUGGCGUCGGAGCUGUCUGGGGGCGUGCACGUCGCGGGGGGCAAGACGGGGGUGUACGUGCGGUCGGGGUGGCAGGCGCUGACGUCGGCGAACCGGUCGUGGCCGCUGGCGGAGAACUUUACGCAGGCGGGCGGUGGGGGCAAGCAGGCGCAGUGGGCGGUGACGAACAUCGUGGCGAAGACGCUGGCGGCGUCGAUGGACGAGGUGGAGAUGCUGUGGUGGCAUCCGGGGGUGCAGAGUCUGCUGAAGGGGAACAAGCUGAAGCUGGAGGAGUAUGCGGCGUUUUUCCUUGCCAACAUCCGACGUAUCGCUCAAGCAGACUACAUGCCGUCAAAUGAGGAUAUCCUGCACGUCCGCCUGCAGACGAUCGGGGUGACGGAACACGCGUUCGACAUCAACCUGGGCGGGACGAAUUACAAUUGGCUGCUGUACGACGUGGGCGGGGCGCGAGGACAGAGACACGCGUGGGUGCCGUUCUUUGACGACGCGACUGCGAUUAUUUUCCUGGCCCCCAUCAGCGCCUUUGACCAGUACCUGGAGGAAGACCCAAAGACGAACCGAAUAGACGACUCGCUCCAGCUGUUCACCACCAUAUGCUCAAACAAGCUCCUGUCAAACGCUGCCCUCGUCCUCAUGCUCAACAAGACCGAUCUCCUAAGACAAAAGCUGGAAUCCGGCAUCAAAGUUCGCAAAUACAUCUCGUCAUACGGCGACAGGCCAAACGAGUUUGAAGAGGUCUCCGAAUACUUCCGCGCCCAUUUCAUCCAGGUCCACAAGCGCAAGGACGUCUCGCACAGACCGCUCUACUUGCACUUCACGUCCAUGCUUGACAUCAAGGCGACGCAGUCGAUCAUCAUCAACGUCGGCGAAGCGAUCAUGCGCUCGCACCUGACAAAGAUCGGCCUCGCAUAGUUGGUCGCUCCCCGUGGAUCGCCGUGGUGGAACUGGAUUCUUGGGAUCGUGAUUAUAUACCGCCUAUAUUGUGUACUCCUGGUCGUCGCUCUGUUGUCGUUGCUGCUUUCCUCGUGCGCGUACGUAUCUGCCUGGGUGUACGUACUCUCUGUUCGUACCUCGGACGUUGUCCUCUGUAGGAUAGUAUGUAUUGUAUGGAUAAGGAAGGAUUAUUUGCCAUAUUUUCG